AUGCUGCACACGCAGUCCUUCCUUCCAUGGCUGCUUCUGCUGACGAGGCCCAUCUGCACCCACGCCUGGUCACGGCCCAUGUGGUACCAGGUGGGGCUGGACUUACAGCCCUGGGGGUGCCAGCCAAGCAGCCUGGAGGGUUGUGAGAGCAGCCUGGGCUGUCCCGGCUACUGGACGGGCCUGGGGACGAACCGUAUCUACCCAGUGGCUGGGGUCACGGUCACCACGACCAUGAUGCUGAUGCUCAGCCGUGCGCUGAUGCAGCGGCGGCGUUCACAGGCCUCUAAGAGUGAGCAUCCACAGCUGGCCUCCCGCCCUUGCGCCACUUGGAAACGACAGCGCCCGAUCUCAGACCGCGCCCUCCUCCUCGGCGCCCUGCACAUGCUGGAUGCCCUCCUGCUCCACAUCGAGUGCCACCUGCAGCAUCUGGCCACCCAGCAGCGCUCCCAAAUAAAGGGGACUCCCGCCCAGACCGGGUGA